GCUUUGCCCACCUCGCUGUGCAGUGUAUGCGACAUUGCACGCGGUGUAGAGCAGCAGCAGCUUCACGCCGGCGACGCGUGAGCCUUUUGUACGCCUUCGACGCUGCACUGUGCAUCACUGCCAUCACUAAUGCGUUACCUAGCAUUGCUGCACACGAUGAGCAGCGCCAUCACGCUCUACACGAACCGCAUGUGCCCCUACGCCCAACGAGUGGCCAUCGCGCUGGAGCACUCGGGGUUGCAACAUGACAAAGUCGAGGUCGACCUCUACGGCAGCAAGGGCUUCACGAAGAAGGACCUGAAAGCCGUCGAGGCAGCCGCGGGCUUGGCGCCGAAGGGCUACAUUCCCGUGCUCUCGAUCGACGACGAGACGCUCCGCGAGUCGACGAAGUGCGUGGAGCGCGUCGGCGCCCUCGCGCCGGAGAAACUCGCGCCGGGCGACGCCGCGGCGGCCGCGUGGGCCGUGGCGCACUGCGACGGCCCGAUCACGCGCUCUGGCAAAGACGCCGUCUUUUCGGGCAAGGCCUCGACGCCCGAGUUGGAGCGCGCGCUGCGCGACCUCGAUGCGCGGCUUACUCGCGAUUUUGUCGCCGGCGACGCGUUUUCGACCGCCGACUGCGUGCUGCUCCCGUUUCUCUUUCGCAUCCGCAAGGAACUCGACAUCCCCGCCGACGCGUCGCGGCUCCGAGGCUACCUCGACCGCGCGUUCGCGCACCCGGCCUUCCGGCGGACGGUGGCGGAGCCGUAUUGGUGGUGGUGGUAA